UUUGCAAAAAAACUCACCUGCCCUUGGUCCUAGCGAUGCCUCUUACGGAGUAUAUCUUUGUUAGCUGUACUUUUUUCAAUUACUUUUGGCAGGAUAAUUGGCAAUGAGAACUGCAUUAUUAUUAUUAUUAUUAUUAUUAUUGUUUAUUUUUAUAGAUAGAUUGUUUACUGGACGAGGAAAUAAACAAAAGAUAGGUCAAUCCGGGAAAUCAUAUAAUUUCCAGUAUGAAUUGCAUUUCUUAUACAAAAAAAAGAAUGGUUUCAAUUUCUUUUCUGAAAUCAAAUUAAAGGGGAAGAGGACAUAGACAAUGUAUAGAAGAAGCUGGAUAUCAUUAGUUUUAAAACACUUGCUUGUUUGCUGAUUGUCUUGGAAUAAAGAUAUCCCCUCACCUAUCUACCACUAAAAGCCACCUUUCUGAAUCGAUGAAUUCCAAAACAAGCCAGUCAAACAAUUAGAUACUUAAUACUAUACUAGGUUGUAACUGAAUUCAUACAUUGCCAUGCAGUGGAAUGGCAUAUUGGUGUUUGGUGGUGGCAAAUGCCUAUUCCAUGAUGUCAUCAUUAUUGGUGAUGUUCUGAUUAAUUGUUAAUGAUUUAUUGAUUGAUCAACAAGUACUGACUUACCGCGGAAAUGACUCAAAUUUGACACAACAGCCAUAAGAUAGAAUAUAUUUUGACCCCCUUGAGCCCUCUAUACACGUGAAGUAUUGAAUUUUCACUUCCUUUGCCGUGCUUUUGUACACUGAAUUGAGAAAUAAAUACUAUAGAGGGCUGGUGUAAGUUUGGGGUGCUUAGUGGGGGUAUAUAUAUUUAAAUAAAGUGAAAAUUCAAUAUUUCAAGUGUACAUACAUAUUAUUGUUAGAUAAGUCAGGUUAGUCGAUUAUUACUAUCUGUGUUCUUAUUUUAUCUCAUCUUGUUUGGUUUGUUCCUACAUAUCUUAUUUUAUCUUAUCAGCAGUGAAUAGAGUGUUAGAGGGUGUUGUUGAGGUUCGCUCUCUAUCUGUUCUUUCAUUUAAAUGGUGAAUAGUUUUCUAAAUUUAGGAGUUGUAAUAAGCUGUAAUGUAAUGACCAAGCAAUAUGCUGGCAGUGUUCCCUUCCUACGGAGGAGAGCAGAAUUCUGCAGAUUAACUGUAAGCACGUGUCAUAUCAUCCCAUGAUGACAUCAUGAAGAUGUCGUACUGACGUCCUCAUUGUCAGGCGGAAACAGUUAUCCCAGGCGGUCCAGUUUUUCAUAUAUAUAUAUAGAUGAGAGAAGAUGAAAUAUGGAUAAAUGGGGAAUUUACGAAAACAUAUUUUGUUGCAACAAAAAACUGUUACCGCCAAUAGCUCACUAGUAUAAUACUAUAAUAAGAGAAGAUGAAAUAUGGAUAAAUGGGGAAUUUACAAAAUAUAUUUAACUGCAAUAAAAAAUUGUAGCCGCCUAUAGCUCACUCGAAAUCAAGUCUACACAUUUCUUGACAAUUGAACAUUAGUUGUCUUCGACCGCUCUUCCUCACCAUUCUAUUCCAAAACGUAAUCAUUGCACAAGAACCAUUGUAUGUCCAAGACAAUCUGUCUUUUAGGAACAUAAUAGUGCUGGUGUUUAUCUUCGUGUAUGGAUCACACCUGUCUUGACUCUUGAGUUAUUCUUUUCAGGGUAAAACAUCGCCCUCCUUCAACAGCUUGGCUUGAUUUCCUUAUUAGAGAUGCGCUCAACCGCAAUUGCAAUUUCUGCCUCCUCCCACGCCCAUGGCGGCUGGUGGGGCGGGAGAGGCAGUUUCGUAAAUAGCAGCAACGGCAGGAAUAACAGUAACAGCUAUCUCGGCGUCAUUUCAGCUGCUUUGGUUUUCUUCCUAGUAUCGUUUCUGUUGCUGGGUUCCAUUGGUUGCUUCUAUGCUCGGCUCAUGCUGACACCUAAUGUCCACACAAACCUGCCCGUGAAGGGCUGCCGUGAAGACAAUGAGGGUUCUUGGGCAAUUGGUGUUUUUUAUGGCGACUCUCCUUUCUCCCUAAAACCCAUCGAAGACAUGAAUAUACAUAGCGACAAGAGUGCAGCUUGGCCGGUGGCCAAUCCGGUUCUAACUUGUGCUUCAGCUUCACAGGCUGGGUUUCCUAGUAAUUUCGUUGCCGAUCCUUUCCUUUAUGUUAAGCAAAAAUAAAGUUGAAACGGGCUCAACUUGAGAGGUGCAUAAAUGGACUAAAUUGACCCCCCACGGGCUAUUCCAAGCAAUGUGUGCCAAAAAACCAAACAGACUCCAAUUAGAUCAAAUUUUGAUACCAAGUUAUGUUGGGCCUAACUCACUCAAAAGGAUCCUCAAGAGAUAAGGAAGACGCUCUUUACCUGUUUUUUGAAACGAAGAACCCCAUCACAAUGCAAGGGGAUAUUGGAGUUGCUAAAAGUGUUGAUAAAGGAGUGACAUGGGAACAGUUGGGCAUUGCAUUGGAUGAGGAUUGGCAUCUCUCAUAUCCAUAUGUCUUUGAAUACAAUGGGAAUAUAUAUAUGUUGCCCGAGGGUAGUGAUAAGGGAGAACUUAACCUGUACCGAGCUGUAGAUUUUCCCACAAAGUGGGUGCAAGAGAAGGUAGUAAUGAAAAAGCCCAUCAUAGAUCCUUCUAUAAUCUCACAUGAUGGGAAAUACUGGCUGUUUGGUUCAGAUCAUAGUGGCAUUGGGGCCCAAAACAACGGACAACUAGAGAUAUGGUAUAGUACCUCCCCUCUUGGCCCUUGGAGGCCCCACACAAAGAACCCCAUUUACAACACAGACCCAAGCAGGGGAGCCCGAAGUGGAGGAAGACCGUUCAUGUAUGAUGGGAACAUAUACCGUGUUGGUCAAGACUGUGGUGACACGUACGGGAGGACAGUCCGCAUAUUCAAAAUAGAAAAUCUCACAACACAUGAGUUCAAAGAAGUUGAGGUUCCAUUUGGCAUUCAAGAAUCUAUCAAGGGGAUAAAUGCCUGGAAUGGGGCCCGCAGCCAUCACUUUGAUGUGAAACGCCUGGGCUCGGGAGAGUGGAUUGCCUUUUUGGAUGGGGAUCGUGUGCAUUCAGGUGACGCUACCCACCGGUUUGCUCUCGGCUUUGCUUCUGUUGUCGGUGUUGCAGUAAUGCUCAUAUUCUUGGGUGUUUUACUUGGGGCCGUCAAGUGUGUUGUCCCUUUGACUUGGCAUUCACACAUGGGAAAGAAGAGUGAUUCUUUUUUAACCCGUGAAGAAGAAUCAAAGGACCCAUUCUCUAUGAAAUUUUGGUUUUUUUUCUACCAAUUGAUCCGACUGGGCUCAUUUCUACGUGCCAAAAUAAAACCAAGCACAUGUACAGGAGUUUUGGUUCUUGCCUUGACAUUCUUAACCGCGGCUGCUUUGGCGUGUUUAGGCGUCACCCACAUCUAUGGAGGCAGUGGUGCCCAAGAACCGUACCCUAUGAAUGAUCACUACUCUCAAUUUACUCUACUGACCAUGACAUACGACGCCCGCAUGUGGAAUUUGAAAAUGUACAUCAAACACUACUCGAGAUGUGCUUCGGUCCGUGAAAUCGUCGUUGUGUGGAACAAGGGAAAGCCCCCACUGGUGGGAGACUUCGAUUCAGCAGUGCCAGUGAGGAUAAGGGUGGAGGAGAAGAACUCAUUGAACAACCGGUUCAAAGCCGAUCCCUUGAUAAAGACGCGAGCCAUUCUUGAGCUUGAUGAUGACAUCAUGAUGACAUGUGACGACGUCGAGCGGGGUUUUCUUGUGUGGCGUCAGCAUCCAGAGCGGAUCGUGGGGUACUACCCUCGCCUAGUGAAUGGGGACCCGUUGGAAUACAGGGCAGAGAGACAUGCUCGGAAGCACAACGGGUAUAACAUGAUACUGACCGGGGCAGCAUUCCUUGACGCUGAAAUGGCUUUCAAACGAUAUUGGAGCAUGGAGGCUUUGCCAGGACGGGAAAUGGUUGACUCGUUUUUUAAUUGCGAGGAUGUGCUUUUGAACUACUUGUAUGCAAACAUGAGCUCUUCUUCUCCGAGCACUGUUGAGUAUGUGAAACCAGCAUGGGCUGUUGACAUGUCAAAGUUUUCAGGUGUUGCAAUUAGUGGUAACACACAAGCUCACUAUCAUGUUCGGAGCAAAUGCCUCCGUAAAUUCUCUGAGAUUUACGGGAGCAUAACGAACCGAAAAUCCAAAUUUGGCAGCCGGAAGGAUGGCUGGGAUGUAUAGCGUAUAUAAAACUUUGUUACUAAUUUCUUAUUUGUUUAUUUUUUGUGGUGGGUUAAUUUUUGUGUGUGCAGAAGUUAUGCUUUAGCCUCUUUGUAGACUGAAUGAUCACUUUACCUCUUAUGUUUUUUUUUUGUACAUGGAUGAGUGUAGUUAGACUGUUAGAUCAUGUUUAUCUUCAAGGUGAAUUGCAUACUUGUUCUUUAAACAUUUGCCCCAGUAUUGUUUUAAUUUUAAUUUUCUUAUUGUCAAAUACGGAGUAUUAAC